AAAGUGAUAACUUAAAAACACAUUAUAGUGAAACGAUCUAAGACAAUAAGACAUUAUCAACUAUGGAACUUUUACUCCCACACCCUUCAAACUCAUCACCUCUCACUGUUCUCGGCUUCCUAGAACGAGCCGCCUCCGUCUACGGCGACUCUCCUUCCCUCCUCCACGCAACCACCGUCCAUACUUGGUCCGAGACUCACUCUCGUUGUCUCCGCAUAGCUUCGACUCUAUCUUCCUCUUCCCUCGGGAUCAACCGUGGCCAAGUCGUAUCCGUUAUUGGUCCCAACGUUCCUUCCGUCUACGAGCUUCAGUUCGCGGUUCCAAUGUCCGGGGCCAUCCUCAACAACAUCAACCCUCGCUUAGACGCUAACGCCCUCUCAGUCCUUCUGCGUCACAGCGAAACCAAGCUCGUUUUCGUCGACCACCACUCGAGUUCUUUGGUUCUUGAAGCUGUCUCGUUCUUGUCCAAGAACGAGAAGCCACGCCUCGUCCUACUCCAAGAUGACGUCAACAACAUGACGUCGCUGUCUUCUGACGUGGAGUUUCUAGACACGUACGAAGGUGUCAUGGAGAGAGGAGACGCGAAGUUCAAGUGGGUGCGUCCUAGCAGCGAGUGGAACCCAAUGGUGCUUAACUACACCUCCGGAACGACGUCGUCUCCUAAAGGUGUGGUGCUCAGCCAUCGUGCCGUUUUCAUGAGCACGGUUAACUCUCUGCUCGACUGGUCUAUGCCUAACCGGCCGGUUUACCUCUGGACGUUACCGAUGUUUCACGCUAACGGCUGGAGCUACACAUGGGGCACAGCCGCUGUUGGGGCUACAAACAUAUGCCUUAGAAGAGUUGACGCAAAGACUAUCUACGAGUUGAUAGACGAGCAUCACGUGACACACAUGUGCGCUGCGCCGAUGGUUCUCAACAUGUUAACUAAUUAUCCAGCUCGGAGACAGCUUAAACAGCCUGUUAGGGUUAUGACAGCUGGAUCUCCUCCGCCGGAGACGGUUAUCUCCAGCGCAGAGAGUCUAGGUUUUGAUGUUGGUCACGGUUACGGGCUGACAGAAACUGGCUGUCUGAAUGUCUCGUGCGCGUGGAAGCCUGAGUGGGAUGGUUUGGAGGCAAGUGAGAGAUCAAAACUGAAAUCAAGGCAAGGGAUUAGAACAGCUGUGUUUGCGGAUGUUGACGUGAGAGACACGCUAACGGGUAAAAGCGUGAAGCACGAUGGAGUAACCGUGGGAGAGAUCGUCUUCAGAGGUGGUUCGGUCAUGCUGGGUUACUACAAAGACCCUGAAGGUACCGCGGCGAGUAUGAGAGAAGACGGGUGGUUCUACACGGGAGACAUGGGUGUGAUGCACCCGGACGGUUACUUGGAAGUCAAGGAUAGAUCAAAGGACGUGAUCAUAUGCGGAGGGGAGAACAUCAGCAGCACUGAAGUUGAGACGGUUCUGUACACGAACCCUGUGGUUAAGGAAGCGGCUGUGGUGGCUAAGCCAGACAAGAUGUGGGGAGAGACACCGUGCGCGUUCGUGAGCUUGAAGUCUCGUGACGGGGUAAUUGUGUCUGAGAAAGAGAUAAGAGAGUUCUGCAAGAGGAAGCUGCCAAAGUAUAUGGUUCCAAGGAAUGUGGUUUUUCAGGAGGAGCUUCCUAAGACUUCUACUGGAAAGAUUCAGAAGUUUCUUCUCAGACAAAUGGCUAAGUCUAUGCCUUGAUGAAGAACAAUGUUUGAUUUGUUGUGUUAUUAUUACAUUGUAUGCUGUUACCAAGUUCUACUCUCUACCUAAAUUACAAGUCUGGUUCAUUAGUUUGACGCUGUUCCUGUCCUGAUGUCUGAAGAUGUUCUCUCUUCUUUACUAGUUAUUUUGCAGCUUGUACCUCUUUGGAAUGGUUAUAAAUAACCAAUGUUUUAAGAAUCA